CGGGCGGAGGAGGCGGCCGCCGCGCGCCGCUGCCCUCGCCCCGCCGCCCGGGGCGCCGCGAUGCUCAGUGGUGCCCGGCCGCCGGGGGGCCGCCGCCGCCGCGCCGCACCAUGAAGCUCCGCAACAAGGCGGCGGCGCUGCUCCUGCUCGCGCUGGCCGCGCUCCUGCUCGCGCUUCUGUCCCUGCGCGCCGGCCGCGCCGCACCCGCAGCGCCCCUCGCGCGCCCCGCGUCCACCCCGCCGCGCCGCCCCGCGCCGGCCCCCGCGCGCCUCCCCGGCUGGAGCGCCCUCCCCGGGGCCGGCCCGAGCGCUCGUCGGCGCCGGCCUCCUCGUCUGCGCCCCCGAGCCGGCCGUCGGGGCGCCGUGAGCCUGAAGAAGUCGGCGAGGAGGCCUGGAGAACUCAGGAGUUUCCAAGCUGUGCUGCCACCCGAGCUCUGGAUCCACUUGGCGGUGGUGGCCUGUGGCAAUCGGCUGGAGGAGACGCUUGUCAUGCUCAAAUCUGCCGUGCUCUUUAGCCACAGGAAGAUGCAGUUUCAUAUCUUCACCGAAGAAUCUCUGAAGCCUGAGUUCGAUAAGCAGCUUCGACAGUGGCCUGACUCAUAUACAAAGAAGUUUGAGCACAGAAUCUACCCCAUCACAUUUUCGGCUGGAAACCCUCAGGAAUGGAAGAAAUUAUUCAAACCCUGUGCUGCCCAGAGACUCUUUCUUCCGGUAAUUUUAAAGGAUGUGGACUCCCUUCUCUACGUGGACACCGAUGUUCUCUUUCUGAGACCUGUUGAUGACAUCUGGAAGCUUCUGAGGCAGUUUAAUUCCACUCAGCUUGCAGCCAUGGCCCCCGAGCAUGAAAUCCCCAAGAUCGGCUGGUACAGCCGCUUUGCCCGGCACCCUUUCUAUGGCUCCGCGGGGGUUAACUCAGGAGUCAUGCUAAUGAAUUUAACUCGGAUAAGAAGUGCCCAGUUCAAGAACAGCAUGAUUUCAACAGGCUUGGCUUGGGAGGACAUGCUGUACCCUCUCUACCAGAAGUACAAGAAUGCCAUCACGUGGGGAGACCAGGACUUAUUAAAUAUUAUUUUUUAUUUCAACCCAGAGUGUCUCUACGUGUUCCCCUGCCAGUGGAACUACCGUCCUGAUCACUGCAUGUAUGGAAGCAAUUGCAGAGAGGCAGAGCGGGAAGGUGUAUCUGUCCUGCAUGGGAAUCGAGGUGUCUACCAUGACGAGAAGCAGCCAACUUUCAAAGCACUCUAUGAGGCGAUUCGAGAUUUUCCCUUUCAAGACAAUCUCUUUCAAUCCAUGUAUUACCCUCUUCAGCUGAAGUUUUUGGAGACUGUGCACACUUUAUGUGGACGAAUUCCACAAGUUUUUCUGAAGCAAAUUGAGAAAACAAUGAAAAGGGCCUAUGAGAAACACGUCAUCAUCCAUGUUGGCCCCAACCAGAUGCACUGAGUAUUUCAUGUUGUCACAAGUCAAUUAGGCAUCUCAUGAACGAGGAAAUAUUCAUCUUCAAGCUGCCUGGAUCUCUUUCAUGUGACUAUUUCAUGGUGCUCUAUGACAAUUGAGUUUUAAAAGCCUUGUUAAAUGUUGCUAAAUUAGUUGCCCCUAAAAGGAAAUAUGCUUUAGGUUUUUUUUCCUAAAAUGCUAUUUAUCUCUCUGUUUUUUGUGUUUUUUUUUUAAUGGUAUCAUUGUUCACUUAACAUUGUUGAAGCAGGUUGAGCUAGCUGUGAAAAGGAACUCUCUGAGCCUUCGAGUUCCCAAGUGUUGCAGACAAUGGCGGUGACAUCUGAUGUGGUAUAUUUUAUCCAAUUUUCUUGAGACUCUUUCUAUGCAAUUGGUUCUCCCCACCCCUUGUUACAAAAGCAAUACAUGCUUAUUAUAAAGCAAACAAACUUUUAAAAAUUUUAGAGGAUCUAUAGGUCAGUGGACCAAAAUCAAGAUGAGAUUAGCCAUAAUCCUAUCAACUAGGGAAAAGAUUUUUUUAGUGUAGUCUCAUCUAGCCUUUUUUCCCCUACUUCUGUAUUUAUUUGUUGCUUGUCUUUUCCAUCAUGUAAUGCAUCUAAAACAGGUAGUCUAAGUAAAAGUUGAACCCUAUGCUGAGAUUUUUAUGUAGGAGACUAAAAAUUUAGACAAAAUGAUUAUGUUUACAGGGCUUUAUUUAAAAUCUGUCUGGGACACAGAAGCUCAUCAAGAUUAGGAGACCGAUUGAGAUGAGAUUAAGGGAGUGCAAGCUGUGCACACACCCUAGUCUUGUCAGAGAUCACACCCUUGAACCAUUGUUAUAAAACCCCUCAUCCUUCUUUAAGGUUGAGGCACUUAGUUUUUCAGGCAGGAGCCAGCUAUGUCCCCCUUUGCCUGGCAAAGCAAUAAAGCUGUCCUUUUCUACUUAAAAAAUAAUAUGGGAAAAGCAUUCAAAUUUUAGCUAAUUGGGCAGUGAUAAAGGGUGAAGCAUAUCUGGGUUUGUUUGUUUUUUUUUUAAGAAAAAUUGUUUGUUGUUGUUUAGUCGCCAAACCAUGUCCAACUCUGCGCAAGCCAGGCUUCCCUGCCCUUCACUAUCUGCCGGAGUUUGCUCAAACUCCUGUCCAUUGAGUCCGUGAUCCUAUCCAGGCCUCUUUUUCCCAAUCAUAAGACAUGUCUAUUCAGCUUCUGAAAGGAGAAAUUCAGUAGUGGUGUGAAACCUAAGCAGUCUAUUUAGCAGAGAUGUGAUUUUGUGGUUACCUGGAGACAAAAGCAUUUUAUCUCUUACUUUGGUGGGUGUGGCCAUGUCUCUCUAAACUCUUGGGCAAUUGGUGGAAAUUAAAGGCCAAGUUGGAAUGUAAUAUGUACAAAUAAACAGUUCAGUGGAUUCUCUUGGCAAGGAAAUUCAUCUUCCUACCAGCCUUAGAAAGAUCUCAGUUGGUUUUUUUUUUCCUUCUCUAGGGUUAUUCGGCUGUGAGCCAAGGAACCAGGCAGGUCUUAUCACCUAGCUACAGUACAGGAAGUUCUAUAUUCUUUACCCAAAGGGAUCUAACUUAAUCCCUAGUAGCUGCUAUUAGCAUAAGGGCAUUUUGCAUAAUGCUUUAUUUAUCUCUACAAAUGUGUGCAUAAUUGAUCUCCUUGAUGUUUGUAACAGCCUAGUGAACUUGGUAGGGACCUGCAUCAUCUCCACUGGGCAAAUAAGGACAUUGUAAUACAAGGAAACAUAUCCAAUAUCAUUACUGUUCUAUAAGACACACAGAUAUGUAUAAGACACAUCCUGUUUUACAGAGAAAUUUUGAGGAACAAAAAUUUUUAUUUUUCAUCACAGAUAGACAGCUAUCUGAAGGUUUAAAAGGAAAAUGUUUUGUUUUGGUAAUGCAAAUAUGAUAGAUAUGCUAUGUAUUGGAAGGCAGUAGGAUAUCAUAGGGCUUCCUUGGUGGCUCAGACGGUAAAGCGUCUGCCUGCAAUGCGGGAGACCCAGGUUUCAUCCCUGGGUUGGGAAGAUCCCUUGGAGAAGGAAAUGGCAACCCACUCCAGUCCGCUUGCCUGGAAAAUCCCAUGGAUGGAGGAUCCUGGUAGGCUACAGUCCAUGGGGUCGCAAAGAGUCAGACACGACUGAGUGAUAGGUUCUAAUAACAGCAGAGAAAGUCUUACCAUGAAAAAAAAAUACAAAAACCUCAGCACCACCAAAGACUGUAUCAGGAUCAAUCAACAGUAGUAUGCAGCAGUGUACAGUAGUAACAAAUUUAAAUCUAAAAUGGUUGAGUAAUAACCCAUACUUUCCUUUUGACAAGUUGGAUGGCCUGUGGUUUGUUAUGUUAAGGGAAAUUACCAUUAUGAUGUGAAACUCUAUCUUUGCUGUUGUAUUUUAUGUUUCCUCAUUUUACCACUAAAGGUGACAUCAUUCAUUAUUUGAUUUCUAAAGCCUGUGGGAGAAUUUCUGGGUUGUCUUUUGGAUGGGGAAAAUGUAUCCUGUAUACCCACAAAUGGAGUUUUGGUGAAAGAGCCAGGAUGUGAGAUGAUUCCCUGACUUCCAUUCAAGUUUUCUUCCUGCUUGUUCAGUGUGGCCCUAACCCCCACCGAUGUCAUUCAGAUUUGUUGGUGGCUCAUAGACCUGAAGUAGUUUCUUUCCUCUCUUGGCAAGCCCCACAAAAACAUCUGCUUGUAAAGACCUGAAAUACAGCGAUGUGUUUUCCUGUAUGAGAGCCAGGUUUAUUCGCAGCUCUCAAUUAUUAGUUCUAGUCUGAAGAUACAAAAUAGGAUUUCCAGCAAAGAUCAGUGAUAAGACUCUAGAACAUUCUAGAAUGAUGCAUUCAUUAUGAGACCAUGAAUCCUUAGAAUUUAGUGUGGUUUUCUGCUUUGGAAUUCCUUUGCUGUAUUCUGAAAAAUGUUAGAUGAGUUUGGUGGAGAAUUUAGAAAAACUGAUCUUCCAAUCUCCACUGCCUAAAAGUGCUAAUUAUUUUCUAUAGUUAGCAUGUUACCCAUGUGGCAGUAUUUUCCCUGCUUUUGAUAAUUUCCAUAAAACUACUACAUUAACGCCUUUGAAAUAUGAUAACCACAGAUUUUUAUACAGCGGAAUCCUGAAACUUGUGGUCUGAAGUCUGCCAAAAGGUGACACUGCCCCAUAUAGCACAUUGCUCAUCUGUGGGAUGAGCUUGAGACUGGGUUUCUUCUAUCCUCCUAUCUUGUCCUGUCUUUUCCUGGUUUCCUUUAAAAUUCUGCUUAAUGCAUGACUACAGAGUACCAUUGGAGAAUGCAAGAACACUUUCUCAUAGCAAAAUGUAAUAUUUUUGUGUGCAUGGAUCUUGAGACUUUCAAUAGCAAAUCACUAGAAAUUCUGACCAUAUUUUUCUUGCUGAGUUUUUCUUUUCCCAAUAUAAAUCUCUAAAAUUGUGACUUACAUUAGAAAUUCCAAUAUUUGAAAAAUUGGCUAGAAAAUCUAAGUUUUCUUUCAACUUCCAAAACAACAAUUUAGCAUUUAGGAUAUAUUGCUCCAAGCUUGACUAUUUAUUUGAAAUGUCUAUUCCAUAUUCAGUGCUUCCACUCCAAAUGGUUGUGACUUCUCCUGAAUUUGUUGUUGACAUGUAUAUUUAUAUGGACUUGUAGAGGUUUGUAUUUAUUUCAUUGCAGUUAUGGUGUUUAUAAAACAAGCAAACCAUACAAAACCUUAUUCACAGUCACAAAAUAGUGAUCUAAUAAUGGAGUAAUCAUUCCAACCCACCCUGAAGAUGGCACAACAUACAUACAAACUUAGGAUUAGACAUAGUACUUCUUAAUACUUAUACAAAAAGGAUAAAUCUCGUGUGUUGGAUAAACCAACAUGAACAUGAUUUCAUGAUUGAAUUCAGAAUUACGUUUAAUGUAAUAAGAGUACAAAUCAUUAUAUCCUCAUUUAUUAGUAUGGUAGCAAUUGUUUUUAUGUCUUUCCAUUUCUCUCCUUUUUCAUCUUCCUGUUUUUCAUUUUCGCCUUUCGCUUCCUGUCUUCAGUGUUAGCCUCUCAGUGGGACCAAGAUGCUUGGCAUCAGUGGCAGAGCCACAGCACUUGGGGAAUCUCUGUGCAGGCAGAACUAAGUUCUAAUCCUAAAAUCAAAUCUUUAUGGUGAGAAUUUUCCAAAAAAUUUUUUAAAAUUACACAAUAUGUACACACACACACACUUCACAUGUUUUUUAAAGAAAGAUCCAGCAUUUAUUGUGCUCUGUGAAUUGAAGAAUCAUUUAUAGUGACACCUGAGGUGAAAUCAUUUCAUAGUUGCUUGCGCUGGCAUUUAUUGGGUUACCAAAAAAAAAAAAAACACCCACACAUGAACAAACUUUUUGGCCAACCCAAUAAAGCUAAUGCGAUUUCUCUGGCAAGUACAGAAAUUUUCACAGGUCAAAACUGGAAAUAUUCUCUUGAGUCUUCAAGAUAAAAGCACUUGUGUUUGUAUCAUCAUAUGCAUGAACAUGUAAGAAUCAGGUGCAAUUUCUGCUUCAUCAGUUUUACGUGUUUGUGUUGUCACUCAAAAGUACACUCAUUGUUUAUUGCUCCCAAGGAGAACCUGAAUGCAUUUUUUAUGUUGGAAAAAUCUAUUUUUAGUGAUUUUUCUUUGGGACAAAAUGAGCAUAAUACAGAACACUCCAAAGAAAAGGAAUUAUUACAGCAAAUUAAAAGGACUGAUAUGAUUUACUUACUAUCUUGUCAUUUUUAAGUGCCAUUUCCUGUUUUACUUUUUUUCAUUAAAAACUUUUUUUUAAAAAAA